CCAAGAAUCAAUUCUAUAUAUACACGGUACUGCAAUCACUACAUGGUGAGAGAGAGUCUGAUCGUUAUGGCGGAGACGGCGGUGGUGGAAAGCUCUCCACCACUAAGAAGACACAAACCGUUAGAAACUUCGUCACCCUCUUCCUUCGUCUCCGCAAAAUCCCACUUUGAGAAGCUAACCCACGAACUGUUCGUAGAAAUUCUCCAAAAACUCCCUCUCAAACUCAUCCAUCUCUGCAAGUGUGUUUCAAAACACUGGUAUGCUUUGAUCUCCACUCCUCAUUUUGCUCGAUGUUAUAUCCAGAAUUGUUCCUUUUUGGUGCCUCCUUUUGCCCUCUUCUACCAGUACCAAAAUCGUGCAGUCCAAUUAACUUCCGAAUCACCCAUUUUUGAAUCUCGUGGGUUUUCUCUGAACUUCCUUCCAUCUUCGAAACCUUCAUCAUCAUCAUCAUCUGCAUCAUCAUCAUCCAAUCAGCAUGAACCAGACCCAAUUCGUUACUUAGCAUCGAGCAAUGGCUUAGUAUUAUGCUCCCCAACCUUGACUUUUCAGAGGGUUUACUAUGUCUGCAACCCCCUCACAAUGCAUUGGGUUCAUCUUCCUCGAUCACCCACUUGCCAUGAAAGGGUCGUCAUUGGAUUUGUUUGCAAAACAUCUUAUUCUUCUGAUGGUACUACCUGCACAACUAGCUUCAGAUUGGUUCGAAUCCACCCAUUCGAGAAACCACAGUUCCCACCACCACGUUCGGGCAAUCUCAAAUUCGAUAUUUUCUCUUCAGACACAUGGAAAUGGAGAGAAAUCAUCAUAUCAACCCAGGGGGAUAGCUUUAUUAUGACUCCUGAUCUUUGUAAUGCUGUGGUUUGCAAUGGAAUACUCCAUUGGAUGUACCUUUAUCACGGCAAGAUUUUUGCCUAUGAUCCAUUCAACAACCCUGAUCAAUUUCGUACCAUAAGGCAGCCCAAGGACACAUGUUCAACCUUUGAACAUCGGUUAGGCGAGUGCCAAGGACACCUCAGGUUUAUUCAACUGUAUCGUUCCACUCUCAGUAUUUGGGAACUUAAGGACUACAGUGGGGUUGAAUGGUCCUUGGUGCACAAUGUUGAACUGGACAGGUUGAAAUCAGAAGAUAGUUUAUGGGUUCGCAAUAAUAAAGUGUUAGUACUACCUCUUCAUCCCAUUGAUGCAGACAUUGUAUAUCUACAUGUUUCUCAUCGUAUUAUACUCUGCAACAUGAGGAGCAAAACUUUGAAAGAAGUAUGUUUUCCGGACGCUUAUUGGACUGUUUGGCAUUUGAUGACCUUUGCCUUUGUGCUCCCAUGGUGGCCUACAACAGUUCCUCAAUUCCAACGGAAUGCCAUCAGAAUCAAUGGACAAAGCAUCCAAGUGUCAGAACCUACAAUUCAUAUCCAUGCCCAAGAGGAUAUUCUUAAUCCGCAACAGGAGGCUGCUGCUCCGGAGCCUACUCGAGGCCAACUUGUAGAUAAGCAAGUUGUCAAUGAGGGAGAUGUUAGAAGUAACAAACUCCAAAUUGACAAAGAUAACACUAACGCAUGUCCUUUGGGAUCACAAGGAGUAGUUUCUACAGAAAAAUGUCAAGGUCAAGAGGAGGGAAUAAGUACACAAGCUCAAUGCAAGGUGAGUCAGACCACCGCUGCACUCAUUUCAUCCACAGCAGCUCAAAACCAAUCAGUUAUAUGGCGAGGAAUAUCCAUGACUCACGAACUUGCAACCAUUCUUGUGGAAGUCACCCUAUUGCAUCCUGAGACAUUUCAGUGUUUGGAGAAGAAGUUUCUUUUUUUCAAACAAUUUGUUUUCGAGUCUGUGGGCAAAAUACUUCUCAUACUACGUCAGUUCCGUCACAGAGCUGUUUCGGCAUCUGAAGUUCAGUUUAUUAAAUCUACCAUGGAUGACUUGAAGGAAGCAAAUAUUGAAAUCGCAUGGCUUGAAGACCAGUUACCUUUGGCUGAGAUGAAGAUGGCAAAGGUACAACUUGCUGUUAGAAUGGAGAGGAUUCAGAAGGAUAUAGCUGAGGUUGAGGAGGUGGCUACACGUCUGAAGGGGAAAUAUGCGACCUUGAAGGAGAGUUUUGAUGCUAUAAAGGACGUUGAUGUGAAUCAACUUGGUUCUGGUUAACUGAAGCUUCUUGUUUGUGAUGUCAAGAUAAUGACUUCGUUUGAUCAUAUGAAAGAACUCUAUCUGUGUAUGCUGCUAAUAUUUUCUGCAAAAUCUGUUUUUCCCUGAAGCUACAUCAGCAGGUGUGGCUGAAGCCAUUAUUUUUAAAGGAGGUCUGAAGGUUCUUUAUGUUAGAUUAAAAUAAGUUUAAAUUAAUUUGUUUCUUACAAAUAAAAUAAAAAAACUUUGUUAUUCUUAAAAGUUGGUAGAUUCUGUCAUGAGACUGUUGAGCUACAAUAUUUUAGAUCCUAUAUAUAGUCGUACAUAUAUUUUGAUGUUCGUAUGCUAUACACAAUUACAAGAUGA